AUGGCCACUCAUGAAGACGUGGCAAUUAUUGGCGCUGGUCUUUCAGGCCUCGUUCUAGCAUUGUCUCUACACCGACAGAACAUACCCUGCACCAUAUACGAGCUCAGGCCUGCACCACUGGAUAUUGGAGGUGCUAUUACCAUCUCCCCAAAUGCACUACAAAUCAUCGACAAGCUUGGUCUAUAUGAGAAUGUUAUGAGUGAGGGGUACGCGUGCGAAGCUUUUCAUUUCCGUUCCCAGGAUGGUGAGCUUCUCGAUACCUAUGAGAUUGGAAGCUUGGAAAAAUACGGGUACCCCGGCCUUCGCGUCUACAGAAAAGUCCUGAUUAGAGAACUCCUCGCGAAAUGUGCGGAGAAGAAGAUUCAAAUCAUCUUUGGCAAAAAGUUCACUCGGAUCUUAUCCGAGUCCAAAGCUGGGGUGACCUGGGAAUUUGACGACGGUACUGUUGGCCAAGCGGCCAGCCUCGUGGGUACCGAUGGAAUUCACUCCCGUGUUCGCUCUUAUCUUCAUGGCGAUGUUCAGCCCAAGUUCGUGAAUGUCUUGGCAAUUGGAGCCACAAUCCCGACCAGUCGAGUCACACUGCCCGAGGACUACGGCUUGCCUGUCACCAUCAUGAGCAAGACACAUGGCGCUUACAUCCUGGCCCCCAACCUUUCUGAUGGUUCUGAGCUGGUUAUUGUGAAGCAGAGAAGAAUCGAGGAACGUAAUCGAGAAGGUUGGAGGGAUCUCUUGGCCGACAAAGAAGGAUCUGUUGAUUUUCUUCUUCAAGGGGUGGAGGAUUUCCCAGACAUUGUUCGUCAGGCCGUCUCAGCGGUUACACCAGAGUCAGUAUCUAUCUGGCCGUUUUAUCAAGUCCCGAAAAUGGACAAGUGGACGUCAGAAGGAGGCCGAGUUUCGAUCCUUGGAGAUGCUGCACAUGCCAUUCCUCCUUCGUCAGGACAAGGGGCCAAUCAAGUGUUUGAAGAUGCCUUUACAUAUGCCCUCGUGCGUGGUCAGUGCAGCGAGGCUUCCCUAAAUUCUGUUUUGGCAAAAUGGCAACGCGGUCGGCAGGAAAGGAUUGACCGUUUGAUUGUUCUAGCGCAACAGAUGAAUGUCCGUCGCCUGCCCGAAUCGACGGAACAUGGGCUCAACGAGGUAGUUGGAACGGAAGAUUUUAACAUGGACUGGCUUUUUAAGCCUGACCUUGAUAAGAUGGUCAAAACAUGGCUCACCGUUUGA